CACGGGCCCGACUCAGUACGAAAAGCGCACAGGAAGCGAUCGGUACGGAACGGAACAACGGUACGAAACGACAAGCAAACACAAAACAAAAAACACACUAAAGAGCGUAAGCUCCGACGGGCCUGAGAACUCGCAUGUAGAAACACAAUUAUUUUUUCGUUUAAUAGAAGCACACAUUAAAAUACUAAGCAGGCAAAUAAGGCAAAUAAUAAUAAUAAUAAUAGCAAUCCAACAAAACAAAACAAAACCAAAAUCAGGCAAAGGCCAGACCCAAAAAUAAACGGGUUUCAAACGCUCUACCCACCCUGCCCCCCACAACUCUCUUUUUUCUACGCUGAUCUUCAUUUUGUGCCAUCGACUAAUACGGUUUGUGCUUGUGUUGAUUUUGUUGUUGUUGUUGUUGUUUUUUUUUAUUAGUGCCAAAGACAAGGUCAAAAAAAAAAGACUCCACUCGAGAGAGACAGAGAGCGAGAGAGAGCCACAACGGUGCACACAAAGAAAAGCUGCACAAGACAAACUUCCAGAGCAGGCGAGAGAGAGGCAGAGAGAGAGAGAGACAAACUUCAUAGACAAACUUCAGAGAGCGGAGGAGUCAUAGAUAUAAACUUCAGGGAGCAAAAGAGAGAAAAAGAGUGCAAGAGCGCAAGCGAGUGGGAGAGCGUGCUGAUGACAGCCACAAUGGAAGCCGUGGCUGCUGCCGCCAUCGCCACCACACCCGUCCAGGAGCAGGCUGCGCUGCACCUGCACCCCACCGGCAAGACGAUGUCGUCUCUGCCAUCCACACCCACAUCCGCCUCCUCAGAGACCAGUCAAGCAUUGAGCGAGAUCUUCUUUGUGGAGAGCAGCCGGCGCAAGCAGAGCAUCAAGAUCCAGGUGAAGCUCUGUCCGGAGGGCGUUUACCUGCGGCGGGAGACCGAUCAGGAUGAUCACAUCAACGAGCAGCUGAUACGCAUCGAUGACAUCAUUGGCUCCCGGUAUGGUCCCCGCCUGAAGAAGCGACCACGUGGCGGGCUCACUUCGUGCAAGAAUCCCAACGGGGAUGCGGCCCAGGAGCAGGAACAACAGCCGGAUCGUGAUAACAGCGCCUACCUGUACAUCUAUGCGUAUCUAAAGAAGGAGAAGCCCCUGCGCCGUGUACAGACGCUGCGCAUUCUGCGUUUUCGCUCCAGCAACGAAUACGCGGAGAAUCUGCAGACGGCCGAGCUCUGGCAUCGCACCAUACGGGAGCACAAGCAGCGCAACAGCACCACCAUCGACAUCUCUGGCAACAUUUCGGGCGCGGGCUUUGGCUCGGGCAAACACCUGUUGAUCCUGCUCAAUCCGAAAUCGGGUUCGGGCAAGGGCCGAGAGCUGUUUCAGAAGCAGGUGGCACCGCUGCUCACCGAAGCGGAGGUGCAGUAUGAUCUGCAGAUCACAACGCAUCCCCACUAUGCCCAGGAGUUUGUGCGCACUCGCAAGGAUCUGCUGGAGCGCUACUCUGGCAUUGUGGUGGCCUCCGGCGAUGGCCUCUUCUACGAGGUACUCAACGGUUUGAUGGAGCGCAUGGACUGGCGUCGCGUCUGCCGCAAUCUGCCGCUCGGCAUCAUACCCUGUGGCAGCGGCAAUGGCCUGGCCAAGAGCGUGGCCCAUCACUGCAACGAACCGUACGAACCGAAGCCCAUCCUUCAUGCCACGCUCACGUGCAUUGCCGGCCGGAGCACGGCCAUGGAUGUCGUCCGUGUGGAGUUAUCGUCCAUGGAAAAGCACUACGUGAUGUACUCCUUCCUGUCCGUGGGCUGGGGCCUCAUUGCUGACAUUGACAUCGAGAGCGAGCGUCUGCGUUCGAUUGGAGCCCAACGGUUCACACUGUGGGCCAUCAAGCGACUCAUCUCGCUGAGGACCUACAAGGGCAAGGUCUUCUAUCUGCCACACCCCAAGGAGGAGCAUGAACAGGGGAAACCUGCUGAAGCUGCAGUUGCUGCUGCUGCUGCUCCUCCCCAGGAAAAGGAAACUCCACUGCAGCUGUCAGUGGAGGAGCAGGCGCCACCCAGCAGGCCCAUCUCGUUGCCCCUCAACGUCAACGGCGAUGUCAGCGAAGUCAGCGAUGUCAGCGAAGUCAGCGAAUUUAGGGAUCUGCCCGAGGACCUCAAUGAGGAAUCCGAAACAGAUCCGGACCAGUUUGUCGAUGCCCUGUCCAUGGAUCGCUCCAUCUUUCGCCAGCACGCCGACAGCUGGCACUCGGCCAUGUCCCGCCGUACCGCCUACUAUUCGGUGGGGGGCCAGAGCAUCCGUUCGAAUCGCAGCCGAAUGAGCGUGUCCCAGCGGAUUGAGGCGGCCAAUGCAGAGUUUGCGGAGAUAGUGCCCUCGGGCACUAUACCGGGAUUGAAGCUGCCGUUGCCUGCCGCCGAAGGCUGGUGCUGCGAGGAGGGGGACUUCGUGAUGGUGCAUGCCGCCUACACGACGCACCUGUCCUCCGACUGCUACUUUGCGCCCGAAUCGCGACUGAACGAUGGCAUCAUCUAUCUGGUGAUCAUCCGCAGCGGCGUGGGGCGCCACCAGAUGCUCAACUUUCUGCUGAGCAUGAACACGGGCACCCAUCUGCCGGCCGGCGGCAAUGAUCCCUUCAUUCGAGUGGUGCCCGUCAAGGCGUUCCGCAUCGAACCGAGCGGCAGCGAUGGGAUCCUGGUCGUCGAUGGCGAGCGUGUCGAUUAUGGACCCAUACAGGCGGAGGUGCUGCCGGGACUGAUCAAUGUGAUGACCACCAACGGACAGUGAGGUAUCGAUGGUCGAUAACGAUAGCGAUAUAUCGAUCAAAUGAUCAUAGAUAUGGGACAUUGGAUAUGGAUAUGGAU